AUGCUCAGCGACGACAACAAAGAGCGUAUCACCAAAGCUGUUGAAGUGGCAAAGGUAGCUGCACACUGGGGAUGGGUACCAUUCGUUAUCUACGUUGGAUUCGUCAGAGCCAAUCCAAAGCCAAGUAUGAUCAAGCUUCUCAGUCCACUUGCUUAA